GUAUAAGUUUUUCUUUUGUAGUACAAAUACUUAUAUGACUUAUAUAGAUUCUUUACUUUACUGAAACCUAUCAUUUAUUACAUCUAAAUGUAAUACAUAUUUAAAUAAUUUUUUUUCCUAAUAACACAUCUGCAUUAAGACAGGCAAAUAAACUAACCAUCAAAAUCGUUAUACCCCGAAAGUUACUGACCAACUUCUUUCAAAGCAAAUGGCCAUCCUCAAUGCGCAUUCAAUAAUGACUUUGAUCUUUUGCAAGGGAACAAUCGAAUAUUAUUUUGGCAAAGGCAUGUGAAAUGGAAACUAACAGCCAGUCUGAUGUAAUGGGGAAGUGUGAGACAUUUAGAUAACAUUUGGCCAGGUCUCUCGCAAAGAUUUGGAUAGGCUCUUGAGGCUCUGGAAUUUUGGGGCAUUUUUGGGCAUUCAAAGGAGGGCCAGGAGAGCAGCAGCAGCAGCAGCUCGAAAAGUCGUGUCAAGACAAAGUGCAAUAAUUCACACUCACUUUCGGGUUUGACGGUUUAUAGGUGGGAACACCAGAGAGAGACCAGAUACACCAGCAACAUUAGCAACACAACGUUGCAACUUGCAACUUGCAACGCCGCAGAAUCGCAGAAUCGACAGCUCGGACAUGACCAGACACUCCACUUAUAUAUGUAUGUAGACUCCCGCGAUUAUGAAACUCUACAUGAGCACGGCUGACACUCUAUAUAGUUUAUGACUUGAUAAACCCUCGCAUCGAUCCGCGUGCAAACCCAUUGUCCAAAUAAAGUCAUAAGCCUGUGUUGUUGCAGCCUGCUGCUGCAGCAGAGACCAAAUUCAAUUUACGAUUUGUUUGAUCGAGCAUUUGAAAUAUGAAAUGUUGAACCAAUUUUGCCUUUGCCACCGGCGGCAAUUUUCAGCUCUCCGAUUUAUAGUUCAAUUUGAUCAUGAUUUAUCCAAACGCCCAUAAAUAAUAACCAAGAUUAGGCGGUCACCAGGGUGUGGCCUCUCGGCUGUGUCUCUAAUUGAACGCGAUUCAAAAUUUAAUUAUCGCCAGCCGAGUGGUCAGCAAUCAGGUGCUCCAAGAUGACCAUCUCCCGCUGAUUUGCAUACGCUUCUAGGGUUGAGAUGUGUCUUUUAUAAGGCCGAAUGGGAUCCCCAUCGCUGCGGUAGCCUCGUCAGCGAAGACUUGAACCCAAGCCGAAGAGCCUGCUUCGGUUUCUUCGGGCAGUCGGUUUCUUUCGGAGUGCCGGACUUUCGGAGUCGGCGGCUACUUCUACUUGGUGUUGCAUAAAAAGUGGUUCAGUGGAGCAAACGCCUUCAAACCGAAAGCGUCGCGAAUGCCUCUAUUCAAUCGGAGACUCUGAAUCGCGCGGAAGUGUAGUGCAUCCAAGGAUCAGGAUUCUAUAUCCUUUAUAAGGAGCGAUUCAAUCGGAAUAUACACUUCAUUUGGAUACAUCAAAUAAUUGAGUUCUAAACAAAAGUGAAGAUGCCUUGCCACCGACUGAGUAUUUUGGGUCUGUUGAUUCUAUCUGUGGUCUUGACCAACGCCGAUGUGGGCUACCACUACAACAGACCGACGAGACCCACGGCUCCCUCGGCGCCAUCGAGCGCAGGAUCGGUGUAUACGGGUCACCAGUUCAGUGCGCUGCCCACCAUACAUCCACUGCCUCCGAUUCCAGCACUUCCUCCACUACCCACGGCCAGGGUUCCGCUACCCAGGAGUCGUCCCACAGCUCCGGCUGCCAGCAUCGUUAGUCAUUAUCUGCCACCGAAGCCAGUGGUCUCCACAUACAUUCCACCGCCAGCUGCUGCCCCCAUCGCAUCCAUAAGUUUCCACGGAACGCCCACUUUCAAGCCUAGCUAUGGACCUCCACCACCGGCACGGACUUCCCUUGCCACGCCCAUCGUGGUGCCGCCCACUGGACCGGCUCCAUUGACCGCAGGUGGAAAUCUGCGCAUUCCCUUCGGCAAGCAGGCGCUGAUUUCCCCCGGAGAAUCCUACGUGGCCAAUGGCAGGCAGCUGAAGCAGUAUGCCGUCAUCGAGAUUAUCGACAACGACAUAGACGAAACACCGGCUCCAUUCCUGUCCAGUACGAGCUUCUUCGAUCGCUAUGGCGCACAUGUGGGUGCUCCGUCGGCCAAUGGAAUCCAGCUGGACUCCCGGGCCAAUUCCCUGCUGCUGGAGCAGCAGCAGCUUGCCAUCCAGCCGAGAUCCCAGGGUGGAGCACUGGGCGGAGAUGCCAUUGCCCUGGGAUCGGGUGGCCUGGGCUUUGUGCGAUUGCCCAAUGGGAAUGUGUACCUCGGCUCCGGAUCCCUGGGCUACAUCAGUGGUCAGCAGCGGGUGGCCUCCGUGCUGGAGGCACGCACUCGAUCGGAGUCCACGUCGGAUGCCCUGCACUUUGGGCAUGGUCCUCUGGGCGGAGUCGACAAUCUGCUGAGGUUCAAGUAGAGAGGCUACCAUCCUUAUUCGCGCACACAUCCGCACCUACAUCUAUGAAAAUUAUGUAUAUUUUAUUGUAAAUAUGUAAUUAAACAAGUUUAAACCACUGUUUGUGUAGACCGUAAGCUUGCCUAAACUAUUUGAGAUUCUUGUACAUUUGUCCUAUGCGAAACAUCGAAACUUGAUCCAAUAAAUAUAAAUAUGGUUAAAAAAUGUGGAA